AUCCCUGCUGAUUGGGGUGGGAGAGCCACGAUGAGGAACGCCUCUGGUCCCCGGGGGCCAUCUCUUGCUACUCUCCUUUUUCUUCUGCUUAUUCCUGAAGGAGGCUGUGAAAGAAUCAUUGGAGGAGACACGGUUGUUCCUCACUCAAGACCGUAUAUGGCUCUACUUAAACUUAGUUCAAAUACCAUCUGUGCUGGCGCUUUGAUUGAAAAGAACUGGGUGUUGACUGCUGCCCACUGUAACGUGGGAAAGAGAUCUAAGUUCAUUCUUGGGGCUCACUCAAUCAAUAAGGAGCCAGAACAACAGAUAUUGACUGUUAAGAAAGCAUUUCCCUAUCCAUGCUAUGAUGAAUAUACACGUGAGGGGGAUCUACAACUUGUACGGCUAAAGAAAAAAGCAACAGUUAACAGAAAUGUGGCUAUCCUUCACCUACCUAAAAAGGGAGAUGAUGUGAAACCAGGAACCAGAUGCCGAGUAGCAGGAUGGGGGAGAUUUGGCAAUAAGUCAGCUCCCUCUGAAACUCUGAGAGAAGUCAACAUCACUGUCAUAGACAGAAAAAUCUGCAAUGAUGAAAAACACUAUAAUUUUCAUCCUGUAAUUGGACUAAACAUGAUUUGUGCAGGGGACCUCCGUGGUGGAAAGGACUCCUGCAAUGGGGAUUCUGGCAGCCCUCUGCUAUGUGAUGGUAUUUUGCGAGGCAUCACCUCUUUUGGUGGAGAGAAGUGUGGAGAUCGCCGAUGGCCUGGUGUCUAUACUUUCCUCUCAGAUAAACACCUCAAUUGGAUAAAGAAGAUUAUGAAGGGUUCUGUGUAAAUGUAUGUCUUUCACUCCAUCCCUGUCACUUCUGUGUCUGAUCACAAAUAAAAUCAACUUGAAUGGCU